AACACCACAGAAGAAAACGUGUUUCUUCUAGGCUUUCGCAGAUUUGUUAGGCUAGCUUUAUAAAAAUGGUUACUCCCUUAUUUAGGCGUGUUCCCGUCAUUUUUGGUUAAAAGUAACAGGCUUUGGGGGGCUUUAAUGUCAGGUGCAGCUAAUUUAAAGACCUUUAGUAAAGCGGGAACCAGCUGGCACUUUAGCCGGACGAUGGACGAGCUGGUCCAUGACCUGGUGUCGGCGCUGGAGGAGAGCUCGGAGCAGGCGGCGCGGGGGGGUUUUGGGGAUGGGGGGGACCACGCGCUGGCUGUGGGCUGCCUGCUGAAGAGACAGGCCCGGAAACGCCGUGGGAGGAAGAGACGCUCUGACAAUCCCCACCCUCCCUGGGAGACUGGCCACCUCAGUGAGGGCUCCGAGUCCAGCCUGGACGAACAUAAGGACUACCGUGCCACCACAGGCAGCGUUGCCAGCAGUAACAGCCACCCCCGUGACAACAGCGACUCUGACGAGCAGCUAGGGCCCAAGCGCCGUACCCCUCUGAACCCUGACACAGGACGUGGCAAGCGCCCCCUCUGGCAGGAGGACCUUGGAGGAGUGGGGUGCGCGGAGGGGUCCCGCAGUUUGAGACGCCGCCGCAAGGUCAAACGCAUGGCCGUCGAUCCCCCUCUGGAGGCAGUGACCUCCAAUAGCACCACCCCCAUGCUAGGUCCCCCGCCUGUCCCCAAGCCCCACGGAGGAUGCAGGAUCCCUGGGGUGAGUGCAGCUGAGGGCAGGGCAGUGAUGGAGCUCACUGUUGGUGGGAAGGGCAGGGUGAAGAAGAGGAAACUGGCAGCCCACAGGCUUGGGUUGGAGGCGACUGAUGAGGGCGCAUUGGUGGAGCGUGGGGACGCCAUUAUGAGGCAGGCGGGGCCCAAGGACAAGAUGGAGUUUGAGGAGCAGAAGGGCUCGGACGAGGACAUGAGUGACAGGUGUGAGACCAGCAGUGUGAGCAACAGUAGUGAUGGUGGACUGUACACCAAUGAUGAGGGGAGGCAAGGUGAUGAUGAGCAGAGUGACUGGUUCUAUGAGGGGGAGCCAGGGGGGGCGUGUGGGGUGGCGGGGGUGAUUCCCUGGUGGGAGAGGGAGGCAGGGGAGGAACUGGACCUGGCUGACCCGGUCUUCAACAGCAUCCUCACCGGAUCCUUCCCCAUCAUGAGCCCCGGAGCACAGAGAGGGUUCCAGGCCAGGCUGAGCCGGCUUCAUGGCGGGCCCCGGGGCCAGGCUUCUCAAGGCAGCCCAGGACAAACCUUCAACGAGCGUCUGGGACGACACCACCAGGACCCCCACUCACACGACCCAUGGUUUAGUCCGGGAUCUAGAAGAGAACAUGGACAGAUGCACUGGGACUCACGGUCAGACAGAGGCCAUCGGAGGAGCUGCUCAGUAAAGACGGCCAGCAGGCAGACGAGUGGUCACCUGGGGUCUCUGUGUACGGGGGAUGUCAAGAGGAGACGCAAAGCAGCACCCCUUGGCUUACCUCCGCCCACAGGGGUGGUAGGUGAGAGUGCGGGGCCCAUCCCAGAGACCAACAUGGGCAACCGGAUGCUGCAGAGUAUGGGCUGGAGCCCCGGCAUGGGCCUGGGUCCGGAGGGCAGGGGCAUCACCGAGCCUGUUCGGGCCACACAGAGACCCAAGGGAGCGGGUCUGGGUUUUAAAUGAGCCUGAGGCUUUAGGCCCCAACUGAACAGGCCAGUAGGCCUCGAUGGAGAUGGACCCUACUGAGAGCAGGGAGGACUGUGGUCAACUCUCUCUGGGAAAGAAACUCUGAUGGAGCAGCAGAGCUGGAUGAAGAAACGGCUGCAAGUCGGCAAUAACAGUUUUAACUAAUAGGAAGAAGGAAAGGAUCAUCUGAGGUGGGAACCCCAACGCUCCAUGCACUUCCACUCUUAACCAGGGCCGACACUCAUACGGGAAGUUUUGACCCUGGUUAGGGGAAGUGCAUGGAGCGUUGGGGUUCCCACCUCAGAUUUAUAGUUGGGAUGUCCAAUGUUUCUACCAGGGAAAAGGGAAGGAAUUGAAGAAAAGACCCAGGCGUUGUUGAGUUUGAUUGUACGAGACUAGCCAGGUUGUGUAGUUGGACUGUGUGUACUGCACAGGACACUAAAUGGCUCAGUUUCACAAGAAUAUAAUUUCUCUUCAAUCAACGGGUUGUUCUGAUAUUGCACAGUAUGACAAAAAAUAUAUUUUAGGUGAAUAUCACUGUACGCAUGAAAAUAAUGUGUGUGGUGGAAGUUUACAUUUGAUUUUAAAUGUGUUUUGCGACACUACAUUGGUGUUAUUCCAGGGUAAUUAUAAUGGAAUAACAUUAUUCCUGUGGCUUAGUACAAAAAGAUGAUGGCUGAAGUGUUAGCAAAGUACUGCAUUAGGUUAAGGUAAUUACAAUUAUACUACUUGUAGUUUCUCUGGUAUAACGCUAAUGUAAUGUAACUGGCAAAUGUUUUUUUUAAUGAUUCUAUAUGGUUCCUUUUGGGAUAUCGGGCAGUGAUAUUUGAUUGUAGAUGACAGUUAUUGGUAAUAAAAAUGAAGAUUUUUUUUCUCCUCUGCUGCUGACUGCAUGUGCUCCCAUAGAAACAGAAUGAAUUGGACAGGCAUCCCCAUUCAAGUCAAUAGUGGCAUAAUGGGUUGACUGGCUAGCAUUGCAAGAGUACCCAUAGGAGCAAAGUAGGAAGUGUACCCAUCAAUUUGUGGUGCGAUUUUUGUUUUGAUUCAACUCAACCGAUUACAAAGAAAUUACAUUCCAUUAGCCACAUCAAUUAACAUAAAUUCAAUGAAUGUUCUACAUCAGCAUUGAAAUGAUUGAAUACAGUACCAGUCAAGUUGUCAGGGUUAGAGGUUCCCAAACUCGGCUCUGCCCCCCCCCCCAAACCCCCGGGUGCACAUUUUGGUUUUGCCCAUUUAGGUUUUGCCCUAGCACUACACAGCUGUCUCAAACAAACAACUCAUUAUGCUUUUUUUUUAUUUUACGGUUAUGACAUUUGUUUUCAUGAUGGUGUCCAUCCAUAACCGGCGGUUAUAUGGUAAUUGCCGGCGUAAAGAUGGUAUUCCUGAGGGAAGUGGGAAUAAUUCAGGAAAAUAAUCUUGAAAUAAAAUCAUUGUAUGUAUGGUAUUGAAGUAGAAUGUUCAACCCUGAACAAUCCAGAAUAGUGUUUAUUUUAUUGAAAAGGCAGUGCAGUUAACUUGAUUUCCUGUUUUUUUGUUUUAUGACAUUGAAUUAACACUUGGGAAUUGUGAAAAUGAUCAUAUUGCCCUUUUUGUGUAAGAGCUGUUUGAAAAAUAAUUCCAGGAAUUUCAGCCUGUUCAAGUGGUGUGGAGUUAUUUGGACAAGAUCAUGACAUUACAAUCUGAUCUGAUUAUUCUGA